CACACACAUUCUAGUGAGAGAAGGAAAGAAUAAGAGAGAGUGAGAGACAGAGAGAAAGGGUUUCUCUUCUCCCUUCUUCACACGUUUCUUGCUUUCUUCAUUCUUUCUCCCUUUCUCCUAGAAAUUAUUAAUUGGUGCUUAUUAUCAAUUUAGGAGCAUAAAAUAUAUAUUUAUACCAAGUAGUAAUAAUUAUCUUUUAUUUCUUUGUUCAACACAUAUAUAUAUAUAUCCUAAGCUAGCUAGCUAGCUAGCUCCUAACAAAUAGUGAUUAACCAUCACUAAUCCGUAUAAUUAUAUAUAAAGACAUAAUGGCUCUCUUUGAUCUUCACCACCCUUGGGUCUUUGUGUUUGGAAUCCUUGGUAAUAUUGUAUCAUUCUUUGUCUUCUUAGCACCGGUGCCCACGUUCAUUCGGAUCCACAGAGCAAAAUCAACAAUGGGGUACCAGUCCGUGCCGUACAUCGUCUCCCUCUUCUCGGCAAUGCUGUGGAUGUACUACGCCUUCCUCAAGAAGAACGCCCCUCUCCUCAUCUCCAUCAACUCCAUUGGCUGCGUCAUCGAAACCAUUUACAUCUCCAUCUUCCUCGCCUACGCUUCCAAAAACGUCAAGCGUCAAACGGUGAAGAUGUUGUUUCUGUUGGUGGGAGGACUGUAUAGUGUGAUUUUGUUGGGCACAAUGUUUCCUUUCAAAGGCACCCUUCGUGCCAGCGUUGUUGGCUGGAUUUGUGUUGCCUUCUCCGUCUGUGUUUUCGCCGCUCCACUCACUAUAUUGUUUCAAGUGGUGAAAACAAAAAGCGUUGAGUUCAUGCCAUUCAACCUGUCCUUCUUCCUCACCUUGACCGCUGUCAUGUGGUUCGGCUAUGGCUUACUCUUGAAGGACAUGUGCAUUGCUAUACCAAACGUAUUGGGAUUCGUACUAGGAAUGCUACAGAUGGUAUUGUACGGGAUCUACAAAAACAAGAAGAUGCCAGCUGAGGUGGUUGACGAGAAAAAGGGUUGCGCCGCCGCGGCCGCUGAUCACGUCAUAAACGUGGAGUCGCCUCCGGGAACCUCCGACCAAGAACUCCGCUCGUUUUCCUCCAACAACCCCGUCGCCGGAGUAGAAAAGGCGGCGGUGGCGGUGACCAGCGAGAAUAGCCAAGAAGAGAAAUGCACGGAUACUCUCACUGCCCCGCCACCGCCUCUUCCUCCGGCACACCCCAGUUUUGAUGAUCUUGUAAGAGCUCAUCUCGGCCGCCACGCCGGUGAGCAACCGCCGAUCGCCGUCGUCUGUGCUGCUUAAAAAUUUACUACUCCGUAUUUAAUUUAUUAUUCGUUCGUUUCUAUGUGUACUAGAGACAGUACUUUGUACGUGUAUCAUAAUAAGCUAUGGAGUAUAAUUUUUUGUUCCUUGUGAUACUCGUUGUUUUAAUUAUUAAAGUUGGUUUUUACUU